AUGCGCCAUCCUACAGUAUUUACGCAGCAAUUUUUACCGUUUUUUAAAGCACCCCAUUCCCAAGCCGUAUAUGGGAUAGAACUCCGACGCCAUACCCUUCUACGGAACUUCUCCAAUUCGCCAUUCUCAAAUAAAAGUAAGAGACGGGAUAUCGUGAGGCAAUCAGAUUCGGAAGCGAGAUCUUCUCAGGCAAUUUCUGCGCCCGGGGACCCUCUAGACCUUUCACAACUUGAACACGGGAUUGCGGCCGCAGUAUCUCGACUCAAGGAUGAGCUUUCAAGGCUCCGCAUGGGAGGGAGGUUGAGCACGGAGACAAUCGAGGGUCUUCGUGUCCAGUUGAGCAAGGGAGCGAAGGAAACAGCGAAACUAGGAGAGAUAGCCCAGGUUGUACCCAAAGGUGGACGCAUGGUAACUGUUUUGGUCUCUGAGGAGAACUAUGUGAGACCUAUAUCAUCGGCAAUUCUUUCCUCCAGAUUAUCCUUGACUCCGCAACACGACCCUCAUAAUGGCCUCCAACUCAACAUCCCGAUUCCGCCGCCAACGAAAGAAUCUCGAGACCAGACUAUUCUCGCUGCAAAGACAGCCAUGGAACGAGCUGCUAGUAGCGUCCGUGAUUCGCGCGGAGUUAUCCAUAAACGUCUUCAGGAAAUCGUUAAGAAAAAGAUUGCCAGGCCGGAUGAUGCCCGGAAAUCACAAGAUAAAAUGGAGAAGCUGACGGAGAAGGGUCAGAAAGAGGUGAAAGAGCUAUUCGAGGCCGCGAAGAAGGUUAUGGAACGAGUAUAA